AUGCGACCCAAUUAUCAUGAUAUUAUGCAAUCCGGGACUGUUGGGUUCAUUAUCGGCAAAAGCCGAAAGCGAUUCUGGGUCCACAAUGCGUUGACAAGCCAUUUUCCGAAGAAGAUACUCAAUUCCCCUGUCAAUGACGAAAUAGAUGAGGUCGACUUUGGCCGUUGUUGUGAAUUCGUAUACACCGGUGAUUACUCCAUUCCGUUGCCAACUAGAGAGUCUCAUUUUAUUGAAGAGGACAAACCCGCCUGGACUCCACUGAAGCGCUCGCUGGGUGAACAAGUUGGCCGCUCAAAGUGGGACGAAGAUGAUGAGCCAACUAACCCUACGGAAGACUACACGGAGAUCCUCUUGGCCCAUGCUAGGGUGCACCGUGUUGCUCACCGAACAGAAUGGACCUCACUACGCGUCCUGUCCCUGUACCGGCUCACACGGUUGUUGGCAAAUUUCACCAUCUCUAAGGACAGUACCGGAGAUAUUGUGAGUUUGUUAAGAUUUGUCUUUGUGGAAAGCGAACAGAUGAAAGAUAUUCAGAAGCUGCUGUGUGAUUAUGCGGCGUGGAAUGUGGAGGUUCUGAUGCAUGAUGCCGAAUUGGAGAAACUCCUGGACGCCGCACCUUCAUUGGAAAAGGUCAUCUUUCGCUUGAUGUGGAUGUAA